UCCGCCUUCCAGCUGGUUCAAUAGCACAUCAGAGCCACGACAUGGCGACGAGUGGCAGCAAUAUUUGUUCUACUACUUUUUUGCUCGGCUUGUACAGUCUAUUUUCUCUUUUCAUUUGCCGGACCCAGGCCGCUCAUCUAUAUUCCAGCGAGGAUCCUGUUACCAUUCUGCACAGCGGCACAGUGAAGCAGACCCUGCAAAAUUCGUCCAGCGCCUGGCUUGUCCAGUUCUACUCGUCGUGGUGCGGUCACUGCAUCCAGUACUCGCCGACGUGGAAAGCAUUGGCAGGGGACGUUAAAGAUUGGGAGCCAGCUAUUCAAAUAGGCGUGCUGGACUGUGCAGAUGAGAAGAACUUUGAUGUGUGCAAAGAGUUUGGGAUCCACUUCUAUCCUACCUUCAGGUACUUCAAGGCACGUAACAACAAAUUUGAUCUUGGGAAACCUUAUAGAGGGGCAAACAGGGAGCUGCCUACAGUCCGGCAGGUCAUGGUAAACUUUCUUCAAAACCACAGCCAGGAAGAAUGGCCCCCAGCCUGCCCUCCUCUGGAACCCUCUAGGUCCAGUGAUGUCCUCGCCCUGCUUGGUAAGAAAAGCCAGCCGUACACAGCAGUUAUCAUUGAGGAUGAGAAUUCGUUUGUGGGACGGGAGGUGAUUCUGGACCUAAUGCAAUACGACGGCCUGAAUGUGACAAGAGCUCUGGGUUCGGAUGCAUCCCUCCUGGAGAAGCUGGGAAUCCUCUCCCUUCCCGCUGGAUGCCUCUUUCAUCCCGACGGCAAGCAUGAGCUCAUGAAAGUCCACAAGACUCUGCGGUUUUUUUUCUCCUCCUUCCUCAAGCUUCUGCCAGGAGUCAGGAGGAAGAAACCUCAGUCUUCCAGGAGCCCAGACCAUGCUGUCCAGGAGCAUGACACUGCUGCCACAGUCUGGAAGGAGUUUGACAAAUCCAAAGUGUACAUGGCAGACCUGGAGUCAGGAUUGCAUUUCCUGCUGCGGAUAGAGUUGGCCAACCACCAGACACUGGAAGGAAAAGAGCUGGAGACUUUCAAGGAUUUUGUUACGGUCAUCGCCAAGCUGUUUCCCGGCCAGCAGCCUGUGGUGAAGCUUCUGGAGACUCUUCUGGAGUGGCUGGUCAGUCUCCCUUUAGACCGCAUUCCCUACGAUGCCAUCUUGGACCUGGUGAACAACAAGAUGAGGAUCUCUGGCAUGUACCUGACCAAUAAGAUUGAGUGGGUAGGCUGCCAAGGUAGCCAGCCGGCUCUGCGAAGGUACCCCUGCUUCCUGUGGACGCUGUUCCACACCCUCACUGUCCAGGCAGCAGAAAGACCAGACGCCCUGGCUAACACAGGUUUGGAGGAGAACGCACAGGCUGUGCUGCAGACCAUGAGGCGCUAUAUUGGCUCUUUCUUUGGAUGCCAGGAGUGCGGGCGGCACUUUGAGGAGAUGGCAAAAGAGUCAAUGGACCAGGUGACGACACACAAUGAGGCUGUUCUGUGGCUGUGGAGGAAACACAAUAUGGUCAACAACAGGCUUGCAGGAGCUCUCAGUGAGGACCCACAGUUCCCCAAGACCCAGUGGCCGACCCCCGAUCUGUGUCCUGCCUGCCAUGAGGAGGUUGAGGGUCUGCAUGCCUGGAACGAAAAAGAGGUGUUGGCCUUCCUCAAGUGGCACUAUGGGGCCUCCAACAUCUCCCCUAAAUACACUGCAGGACCUGAGGAGGGUACAGCAGGGGGCCAGGGAGACAAAGAACCCUCUGAGCAGAAGCCUGGAUCGGAAGACCCCAAGUACGGGGCCCACUCCCCCAAAUCUCCCUUCCUGGAGAAGCUCCAGGGCAAAGAGAGGCAGGAGGAGGGCAUGGGUUUGCACAAGGAGGCAAAGCCAGGGAUGUCCUUCAAGGUCCUGGGUUUCUCCAGCACAGACUUGAGUCUCUGCGUGCUGAUGUACGUCUCCUCCUGUCUCUUCCUCAUGAUCAUGUUCUUCUUCUUCCGCAUGCGCUCCAAGAGGUGGAAAGUGAGACACAACCGUUUCAGCAUAUAGCAAAUGAGGGUUGAGGAAGACACUAGCUACACACAACAUCCUUGUAUACCAUCCCGUGAACCUGGUUGACUGAAGGAAACUCCUUCUGAUUUUAAAGGUGGUAAAGGCGAGAUUGUGGUUGCCAACUUAAUACAGAAAGGUUUCAUCACCAUUUGGAAUAAAACGCCAGCUGUUGAAGGUGAUCUCUUGAUUUUGUAAAGUAUUUGAGAGUUGUAACCCCCCUCUCCACCAACACCACCACACUUUCUCACAUACUGUUCUGUGAGAAAAAUAUCCCUGAGGUUAGAUUCCUAAAAAUGCUUGUAUAGAUCACCAACCUAUGUUCUGGAAUAUGCAGUUUUGGCCAGUUAAGGUUUUUGUAAUGUCUGACGAAGUUGAUGUGUUGCCUAAUCUAGGUUUCUCAUUUCACAAUAAACAAAAAUCGCCUUAAAUGCACAAUGGAAGCGCUUCAAUCCAUAGAACUAAUUUAGCCCCAUAUCCCAUAUCCUUUGCAUCUCUGUUGCUGUUCUAAACUCCCUGGAUACGCGCUCUUUAUUUUUGAGAGGAAGCCAGUUUCAUGAAUACAUCACAGACUAAAAUAGGAGGUGGAGUUUCUGGAAAGUCCGGGGGGAGGACACAACUAACAAGUAAACAAGAAACUUCUUGCAGUAGUCAAAGCAGCCAAACAUUUCUUGCUCUGGAACAACAGAAUUCAUGUUACAGAAAAUAAAUGGAAUGCCAUCAUGCCAUGCUUUGAUCAUUGGAGAACCUGGAAGCCAACAUCCUGAAAUAGUAAAGGGAAUUAUUGAAUCUUUAACCGUAAUAUUUCAAUAUGUACUUACAUGCCUGUUUGGAAGUUUAAAAAUGUAUUUGAGAGGCAAAAUAUUUUCUUAUCUAAAAGAAUGUGUUUUCUAACAUGGGAAGGUAGUGUAUGUGUUUUAUUUUAUUUUAUUUUUUAUCUGUGAUGUACCAAAUAAUUUUAAGCAGUGAUUUAGUCGGAAAUUAAAGGGAAAACUAUGAACAGGAUACAAGAGAAAAUCUUGUGUUACAUGCAUGCCAUGCAUGCUUGAGAUUCUUAUGAAGUAUUUUUUAAGUCGUGGUAAACUCUAACUUGAAGGUUGCCAAACUUUUAUUAUAGAUUGCUGCCUAGCUGCCUGAAACUGUAUAUCACGCAACUGACUUGUGUGUGUCUUUAUAGAGAAGUAUCGUUUGAUUAGAGAAUAAAAAGAAGGUUAUGGGACACCAGUGAGGUACAUUUUGAAAAAUUUAUUUUGCUUUACAGAAGGUGUGCGUUCAGUUUGCAGUCUGUUUUGAACUAAUGUUCAAGAUCCUGCUCUGUUUCCAGUAUAACAGCUGACCUCACUGUUGGGAAUACUGCUUUAUUAAUCAGGGAGUCUGGGUGACAUGGAGAGAGCAGUCCAUGUAGUCUUUCAAAACCUGACACUGAAAAAUCUUUCAUUCUAAAUGCUGACAGCUGUUUCUGGAUGCAUGCUUCAGUGUACUGCUAGUUGUAUGGUCUUGGAGCUGUAGAAUAUGAAGGAGCAUUGUGUUUGUUGCAGCCAUUAACAAGGCUAUCGUAGUAGUGAUUUUUGGGAUGUAGAAGAGUAAAUAUUCCUGGCCAAUGCCUUCUAUUGCAUAUAAAAACAGCAGUAGUAAAAUCUUCCAUACAUUUGAGCGUAUUUCAAUGUGAAUGAAACACUAUGUUCAGUAACAUCUCUGUUGGAGGCUGAGGCAGCAUUAUUUAUUUAUUUAAUUUUUCAAUACAAAAAGGGAAUGUCCAUACGUUUAUAAUGGAUGUAAAAAGCUCAGUGGUAGUCCAGGCUUGAGGCCUUCACAUCCAGCUUAUAUCCGGCAGCCAGGAAUCUCCAGCUUAGUUAUUUGCCUACUGUGCCUCCCAGCUGUAAAAGAGGGUAUCAAGACAACAUGAUCAGUAGUAUUAUAAACGUUUUGUGCACCUACAGAAAUAAAUAGUUGUUUUCUUGCCUUGAAAGGGAAUGGUAGUGGUCACAUUGGUGUAAUGUGCAACGAGCCCUGUAGUCAAUUUUAAGUUUUUAUUUAUUUUGUGAAGUGAUAGUAUUUACAAUAAAUUAAAAUACCUACCAUUUACAAUUUGACACAAACCUAGCAUUGUGUUUUUGUCACCUCUUUUUGUACGAAAUUGAUGUAUGUUACUGUUAUGAUUUGUUUUCAGAAUUAAAACUACAUGCAUUACCUCUGUCUCAUACUAAUUUUGUUAAAAACCAUUACAAGCUGGUUUGAUGGCACAUGUAUAAACGGCACCUAAUAUAUAAAACAUCUUGCUGAGAUUUGUUGGAUUUUAAAUUGGUUUUCAAUGUAAAUACAAUGUGUGCAGAUGUAAAACAAUGGAAUAGGCCAUUCCUGUAGUGAUUCUGUAGUGACCUGGGUUACAUUUCAAGCACAGACUUGUUUUCAAGGUUUACCUCUGCAAAGAUACAACUCUUGUAAUGAGCCGCGCAUCACUGUGGGUUUGAAAAGAAAACU